UUUAUAUUUUUCUUUAUUCUCUAAAAACAGUGUUCAGUGUGAGUAAAAUUACUAUUAUAAUUGAAACAGUGAAAUAGCAAUUGUGUAAAAUGGCAUCUAGGGCCGAGCAAAUGGAUAAUGUGCAGAUUGCAAUAUCGGAUACCAAUGAGUUUCUGCAGGAUUUUCCAAGUUGUUUUGAAGUUGGUAGCGAUUCAAAACUGCAUCACCAAAUGGGAAAAGUCAAUGUUUUCUCUCACAAGCAGAAUUUCUUCGCAGAUGCUUAUCCGGAAGUUUUGAAGGUUGAGAAUGUGGAAACGUUUGCUCUUUUGAAACAAAGACUCCUGUUUCUCCCAAUAUACAUGCAUGUACACUUGGAAAGGCAUCGACGUAGUGGUAACACAAGGAUAAUCACUCAUGGUGAUUAUGUUAUUAUGGUUAACACCAAGCAGCCCGAUAUUCAAGCCCAGCUUAGAGAAAAACUUGAUGAAGCUGAGAUGCUUAUGAGAGAGGGCAAAAGGUUUGCUGUGGAAUUUAAUUUUGGUCCUGUGCUUCGUGAAUGGUUCCAAUCAAGAUUCGAUGGAAAUUGGGGAAGCUAUUAUGCAAGAAACAGCAAUUUCUGUAUUACCAAUUUCCAUCAACGAAGUAAAUGGUGUGGUAUGCCAGUCUGUUGGAUCCUUUGUCUCCCUGUGUGUCUUGUUGUAGCUCCACUGCAUUGUGCUUAUCGUGGUUUGAUGUCCGAUGAUUCAACACUCACAAUACGUUCCGGUGUUACCUAUGUGAAAGGUACAACACCAGCACAGCGAAAUGAGAUUAGGCAACUGGUACGAGCUGCCUAUAUUCAAGGUCUUUCCCAUAACCUUAACACCCAAGCAGAAGACAGAUUACAAUAUGAGCAAGCAUACAAUCAAAUGCCUGCUCCACCACCUAGCUAUACUGGGCAGCCAGCUGGAAAACAAAGUGAAGCACCACCAGAGUAUUCUGCAGUGGUUCAGCAGCAAAAUUUUCCAAACGGUGACGAUGAGAUGCUGAGGAAUGUGAUAUAGUUAGUCAGUGUUGUUGUUCAGAAAUAUGAUUAAAUUUCCCAGUGAAUAUCGAUAUUUAUUUUAUUGAGACAUAAUUUGCAAUUGUUUUUUGUAUAUAUGUUGCCUAAAAUAUGUUUGUAUUCAAUCUUACUAUUAUAAAUAUCACUUACCUUUAUAAAAAGCAUUUAGCUUUAAUCAAUGUUACAUUGCCAGACACAAAUAUAUAUGUAUUGAAUAGAGAUGCUUUUAUGCCUUUAUUUUUUCCGAGUGGUUCAGAUGUGCAAAUGGAAAAGUGGUUUACGUGUGCUUUGGUUAAAAUUUUCAUCAUCUAAAUUUUCUCAGUCGACAAGACUAAUAAAUCAUUAUGCCCCAGUGAAAUGAAAGUGAAUGAAACAAAAUCAAUUUUUCUAUAAUCGUGUUGCGCUUGUAUACUGUUGAAUAUCUGUAUUGCUUUUGCUCUGAUAUUGAGAAAGAGUUCGUUCGAACUGGGUUGUUGAGUCAAAUAGGUUUGCCCAGGCUGAUAAACCACCAUAAAAUGUAAUUUCACCCAUUUUGGAUCUACUGGUUUUGCCCUCAUGAUAAAGACAUAUUAUUGUUUAGCCUUCAACUUUGACGUUCAUUUUAUCUUUGGAUAUUCCAUUCUUCUUUUUAGAAUCAUAAAUUGUAGGUGCAUGAUUUUGUAUGCCAUUGCUCAGUUUACAGGAUAUGUGAAGAAUUUGUUUUGCUUGUGAUUUUGUAGCAUUAAAAUCAGUUUAUUCUCAAAAGCGUAAGAGGUGCCUUAAUGUUUUUUUAAUUAAGUUAAGAUAUAGAACUCUUUAAAUGUGUUUAUUCAUCAUUUUUCAAAGCAUGUCGCCUAAUGUUGUUUUUUUGUUGUCAUAUUUCUAUAUUUCUUGGCCCUUUUGUUUUUUAUUCUCUUUUUGUGUGGCAUAAUCUUGGCAUAACUUUUUGCCGGGGUUCAUUAGCAUACGUAACUACUGACUACAGCUUUUUACAUUUUCUUUUUUUGUGUAUUCGUUAGUAUGAAUACUAAAAUUAAAUUUUUGCUGUCUGUUGUCUACUUUGAGAUAAAUCAUUAUCCACCAGGGUUGAAUUUAUUUUUGUUUCAGAAGCACUUAUCAUAUGUAAAGUAACUUGUUCAUUAUUAUCUAGUGAUCAAUAAUCGAUUUUGUAAACCUUAUGUGGGACCGAGUAGUCUAGCAAUCUUGUCUCAAAUAAUCAUUCGCAGUCCAAUUCAAGUCUGUGAAUCUACAAAUUCAAAGUACUAUAGAAUUGAAAAAGUUUUUCAACACCUUUCGCUUUGCAUCAACCCCAAGCCAGUAUGAAGAUAAAUACAGUACUGGAUUAUAAUGAUCUGUAUAAAUUUUAAUCAUAUGAUGUUCAUGUAUAUUUUCUCUUUACAAUUACUCAUCGUAAUUUUAUAAUCUUCUUUCUUGACGGUGUCAUUUUUUCUUGCUUAUUAAUUAAUGAAAUAUCAACUUUUUAUAAUAGGAACAUGCAUGGUGAUCUUGGCAAAUCGAACUUGUUUAAAUCUGUUUACCAGUGAUAAUGAAACUUGGUAACAAAAUCACAUUUUGUUUACCUGAUGUUGAGAUCCAUUCUGAAAUGUUUUGGCAUUUCAAUCUUAAAAAUUUUUUUUAAUAAAAUGUUGUGAUGGAUCAAGAUAGCGAAGUGAAUUAAGGCACUUACUUUCAAUAUCAGAUGGAUGCUCUUUCAAAUGUGCAAACUUCAUGAUUGUGUUUUCUUAUGUUCCUUGAAGGACAGUUGUAUUUUUUUUUCUUUUGUAUAUACAAAUGAAUAAAAGUUAAAAGAUUUCAGCAAA